UCCUCCUCUCCAUCCUCUCCAUCCCCUCCUUCACUCCUGGAGAUCGGAGCACAAGCCUGGAGCUGCUGGAAAGGCAGAGCACUGGUUUGAUCCCAAGACCUGGGCAAUUGUCCCCCUUCCCAUGGACUGAUCCCUACCAACCGCCAUCACCUCCAUCUAAGGCCAGCUCUGCUCACCCGACGCAGAUUGAUGGGUUGUAUUAGACUUCAUCUGAAUGGGAUCUCGUUGUUGUUGUGGAAAGGAAAAAAGAAGAGUUGUUAAGAUUUUUCCAUGUGGAAGGCUUGCUUCGGUCUUACAGUGCAUCAUUUCUGCUUGAGCUUGAGAGAAAGAUCUAGGAGAACCAUGAGUGAUGAUUCAUGCCCUCUUUUGUAGUGCCAUGGCAAACCCGUCGUUGAUCUAUUCUUACUGUGGGAUUUAAGUAAGCAGUGAAGAGAAAGGUGUAUGCUUAGCUUUGGAUAGUCUCCAAAAAGAUUAUCCAGAUUUGGAUGCUAAAAGAAAGUUGGGACUUCACUGAAUUCUACUGAAGAAGAACUGGAUGUCUACCAUGCAUGAUACCAUGGAACAUUAGAGCUCCAUCAUUUUUACAAUUUUUUUUUCUUAAUUAAGUGUGUGUUUGGUCUAACUGGCUGUCCACUGACCACUGGUGGGCUACAAAAGUGAGACACAAUAUUUUUGUUGGAUUGGUUCCCCACUAAGAAGUCAAUCUGGAAGAUCCACGCAAUUUAAAGGACCCUCAAGACAUUAAGUCAUUAAAAAUGGCUAGUGUCCUUAAACAAGGGGGGCUUAUUAUCUGGAUGGUCUUAAUUCUUGGAUGCAUGGUGGAUUUGGGCUGUGGCCUAGAAUUCCCUGGGACAGAAGGCCAGUGGACUCGCUUCCCUAAGUGGAAUGCAUGUUGUGAGAGUGAGAUGAGUUUUAACAUGAAGACCAAAAGAUCGAGUGGACUUGUUAUAUACUUUGAUGAUGAGGGUUUCUGUGACUUCCUGGAGCUCAUUCUCUCUGAUGGAAAACUCAAGUUAAGCUUUUCUAUCUUCUGCGCCGAACCAGCUUCUCUCCUAACAGAUUUUGCAGUUAAUGACAACAACUGGCACUCGGUGGUCAUCAAGAGAAAUUUCAAGAACACAACGUUAAUCUUAGACAAAGAAAGUAAGUGGGUGGAAGUGAAAUCGAAACGGAGAGAUAUGACGGUUUUCAGCAAUCUUUUUAUAGGUGGGAUCCCACCAGAACUAAAAUCUUCCACGCUCAAAUUAACAUUCCCAGCAGUAAAAGACCACAGCCCCUUUCAAGGUUGGAUAACUGAUGUCCGGGUCAAUUUCACAGACUCCUCUCCAGUAACCUACAGUGACAUUAAGUUGGAGGACACUACAAACCCAUGUGACAAAGAUCAGGUUUGUCAAAAUGGCGGAAUUUGUUCAGUUGUGAAUGAAGAAGCUACGUGCGACUGUUCCCAGACCGGUUUUCAAGGGAAAGACUGCAGUGAAGAAGACAACCAUGUAGAAGGUCUGGCGCACCUGAUGAUGGGCGACCAAGGUAAAAGUAAAGGAAAGGAAGAAUACAUCGCUACAUUUAAAGGAUCCGAGUAUUUCUGCUAUGAUUUGUCUCAAAAUCCAAUACAAAGCAGCAGCGAUGAAAUUACUUUGUCGUUUAAAACCCUUCAGAGGAACGGACUGAUGCUUCACACAGGGAAAUCUGCAGACUACGUCAAUCUGGCGCUGAAAAACGGAGCGGUCUCUUUGGUCAUUAAUUUGGGGUCAGGGGCCUUUGAGGCCUUGGUGGAACCAGUGAAUGGAAAAUUUAAUGACAAUAACUGGCAUGAUGUGAAAGUAACAAGAAACCUGCGUCAGCACUCAGGCAUUGGACACGCUAUGGUAAACAAACUACAUUGUUCGGUAACAAUAUCAGUGGAUGGGAUUCUGACCACAACAGGAUACACACAAGAGGACUACACCAUGUUGGGCUCAGAUGACUUUUUCUAUGUUGGAGGAAGCCCCAGCACAGCAGAUCUUCCAGGCUCACCAGUCAGCAACAACUUCAUGGGAUGUCUAAAGGAGGUUGUAUAUAAAAACAAUGAUGUACGGUUAGAAUUGUCAAGACUUGCCAAACAAGGUGAUGCCAAAAUGAAGGUUCAUGGUAUUGUCGCCUUUAAAUGUGAGAAUGUUGCAACUCUUGACCCAAUCACUUUUGAAACUCCUGAGUCCUACAUUUCUUUACCAAAAUGGAAUGCAAAAAAGACUGGCUCAAUAUCCUUUGACUUCCGUACAACAGAACCCAAUGGCCUAAUACUAUUCAGCCAUGGGAAGCCUCGACACCAAAAAGAUGCCAAGAACCCCCAAAUGGUAAAGGUGGACUUCUUUGCUAUUGAAAUGCUAGAUGGACACCUAUUUUUACUUCUAGACAUGGGAUCAGGAACCAUUAAAAUAAGAGCGCUUCCGAAGAAGGUCAAUGACGGAGAAUGGUACCAUGUGGACUUCCAACGCGACGGACGCACAGGUACCAUAUCUGUCAAUACGAUGCGCAAUCCAUAUACAGCUCCUGGUGAUAGUGAAAUUCUUGACUUGGAUGAUGACUUGUACCUUGGGGGUUUGCCAGAAAAUAAAGCCGGUUUGGUUUUCCCAACCGAAGUGUGGACAGCUCCUCUUAACUAUGGAUAUGUUGGAUGCAUAAGAGACUUAUUUAUAGAUGGCCAAAGUAAAGACAUACGCCAGAUGGCGGAACUUCAAGGCACAGCUGGAGUAAAGCCUUCAUGUUCUAGAGAAACAGCCAAACCCUGCAUCAACAAUCCAUGCAAAAAUAAUGGAAUCUGUAGAGAUGGAUGGAAUCGAUAUGUCUGUGAUUGUUCUGCUACUGGCUUCCUCGGUCGCUCUUGUGAAAGAGAGGCCACUAUUUUGAGUUAUGACGGAAGCAUGUUUAUGAAAAUACAACUUCCGGUUGUUAUGCACACGGAGGCAGAAGAUGUGACUUUGCGUUUCCGGUCGCAGCGUGCAUACGGUAUUUUAAUGGCGACCACUUCAAGAGAAUCUGCAGAUACUUUACGACUGGAACUGGAUGCUGGACGCGUAAAACUUACGGUUAACUUAGACUGUAUCAGGAUUAACUGUAAUUCCAGCAAAGGCCCAGAGACACUUUAUGCUGGUUAUAACCUCAAUGAUAAUGAAUGGCACACAGUACGUGUGAUACGACGAGGAAAGAGUUUAAAGUUAAUUGUGGAUGAUCAACAAGACAUGACAGGUCAAAUGGCUGGUGACCACACGAGACUGGAAUUCCACAACAUUGAAACUGGGAUCAUCACUGAGCGCCGUUACCUGACCGCUGUCCCUUCCAAUUUCAUUGGCCAUCUGCAGAGCCUAACCUUCAACAGCAUGCCCUACAUUGACCUCUGCAAGAACGGAGAUAUUGAUUAUUGUGAACUAAAUGCCCGCUUCGGGUUCAGGAACAUCAUUGCCGACCCGGUUACUUUUAAGACAAAAGCCAGCUAUGUGGCCUUGGCCACUUUGCAGGCAUAUACCUCUAUGCACCUCUUCUUUCAGUUCAAAACCACAUCUCCAGAUGGCCUCAUUCUUUAUAACAGCGGUGAUGGCAAUGACUUUAUUGUUGUUGAACUGGUUAAAGGGUAUCUACAUUAUGUGUUUGACUUAGGCAAUGGUGCAAAUCUCAUUAAGGGGAGCUCUAACAAGCCCCUAAACGACCAUCAGUGGCACAAUGUAAUGAUUUCACGAGACACCAGCAACCUCCAUACUGUAAAAAUUGACACAAAAAUCACUACACAGAGCACAGCCGGAGCAAGGAACCUUGACCUCAAAAGUGACCUAUUCAUCGGAGGUGUUGCCAAAGAAAUGUACAAAACACUGCCAAAGCUUGUACACGCCAAGGAAGGAUUCCAAGGCUGCCUUGCUUCUGUUGAUCUGAAUGGACGUCUUCCAGACUUGAUCUCAGAUGCUCUUUUGUGUAAUGGACAAAUAGAAAGAGGAUGUGAAGGUCCAAGCACAACAUGUCAAGAGGAUUCCUGUGCGAAUCAGGGUGUGUGCUUGCAACAAUGGGACGGAUUCAACUGUGACUGCAGCAUGACCUCAUUUAGCGGCACCUUGUGCAAUGACCCUGGAACAACGUAUAUUUUUAGUAAAGGAGGAGGACAGAUAACAUACACGUGGCCCCCGAACGAUCGGCCUAGCACACGCGCAGACAGACUGGCGAUAGGGUUUAGCACGGUACAAAAAGAAGCAGUAUUGGUUAGAGUGGACAGCUCUUCAGGACUCGGGGACUACCUAGAGCUGCACAUACACCAAGGAAAAAUCGGAGUCAAAUUUAAUGUGGGAACAGAUGACAUCUCAAUUGAAGAAGUUAAUGCAAUUAUUAAUGAUGGAAAGUACCACGUGGUACGUUUCACGAGAAGUGGGGGUAAUGCCACCUUACAAGUCGACAACUUACCAACAAUAGAACGUUUCCCAGCAGGAAACAAUGAUAACGAACGCCUGGCGAUUGCUAGACAGCGAAUUCCAUAUCGACUUGGUCGAGUAGUUGAUGAUUGGCUACUCGACAAAGGACGCCAGCUCACAAUCUUCAAUAGCCAGGCAACCAUUAAAAUCGGUGGGAAGGAACGGGGACAUCCUUUUCAAGGCCAGCUUAGUGGCCUUUACUACAAUGGCUUAAAAGUUCUGAACAUGGCUGCUGAAAGUGAUGCCAACAUCGUGAUAGAGGGGAAUGUGAGGCUUGUUGGUGAUGUGCCUUCAUCCAUGACAACGGAGUCAACCGCCACGGCAAUGCAGUCCGAAAUGUCCACCUCUAUUAUGGAAACCACCACCACACUGGCCACAAGCACUAGAAGAAUAAAGACACCUACAAGGGAACCUGUUGGUCAGAGUUCUGAUGACCUCUUGGUUGCUUCUGCGGAGUGCCCCAGUGAGGAUGAUGAGGACAUCGAUCCGUGUGAGCAGAGCUCAGGUGGGUUAGUAAACCCAACAAGAGCAGGUGGGAGAGAUAUUCCAGGAUCGGCGGAGGUCAUCAGGGAAUCCAGCAGCACAACCGGCAUGGUCGUUGGCAUAGUAGCUGCAGCCGCCCUGUGCAUCCUCAUCCUCCUUUACGCCAUGUACAAGUACCGAAACAGGGAUGAAGGCUCCUAUCAUGUUGAUGAGAGUCGAAACUACAUUAGUAACUCAGCGCAGUCCAAUGGGGCUGUGAUUAAGGAAAAACAACCCAGCAGCGCUAAAAGUUCAAACAAAAAUAAGAAAAACAAGGACAAAGAAUAUUACGUCUGAUCCCAGCCGCUUAACGAACACGUGUAUAGAAAUAGUCUUCAUUUUAUCUGAGACAUAAAAAUUAACAAACUUAUUUACUUUACUUUUUAUGAAGCACAUUGAAAAUAUAAAAAAAAAUAAAGAAGACAGGGAAUGCGAUCAGAAAGGAAAGACUGUUUUUAAAAAAAAAUGUAAAACAAAUGAAAAAAAAAAUAUAUAUAAAACAAGCACAUCACGGUGUUGUUUCCCAGAAACUGGAGCCACUUAAGAUAUCCAACUAUCUACAGUGUUUUCGUAUAUUCUGCCCAUCCAUUUAAUGCGGUUGGAAUGUUUUGGAAAGACGUUGAAUAGACAAAGCAUUCUUCAAGCACAGAAAAAAAAAAUAUACAACUUGGAGGCACAAUUCAAAAUUUUAAAAAUAAAUUCCAAUUCCGUUCAGGCACAACGUAAAGAAACAAAAAAUAAAGAAGCUACCUAUGAUUCUGGAUGCAGCCAAAGUGCUUGUGCCCUCUUGAUCAUGGAAGUAUGUACGCCGGCGAAAAACUUGUCUGAACUUGCAAAAACGCUGUGGCUUGUGGCAAUGGGGCAGCGAAGCAACCAUGGAGACACGUCUGGUACAAAAAGCUGGCUUUUCUGAAAAACUUUUGAAAAAAACUUUCACAAAGACCCCUUUCUGGUUGUGAAGAGUAUGUUACGGAGGCCUUAUUUUCACAAAUACGGAACAUAAGGCCCUUUUUCAAAAUUAAAACAAGAGGGAUAGAUGCAAUCAUUGAAAAUUUUCAUGCACGCUUAAUAUGUUACUACAUAUGUUUAUAUAAAACACAUCUAUAUGUGCUUUCUGGACUGUGAUAAGUGAUGUUUUAUAGCCUGUUGUAUAGACAAUGCAAAAUAUAUCUGCUCUUCAGCCAUUUUUGGUAAACUCAAUGUUCUAAGUGUUGCUAGGUAUAGACAGUUUUCCAAUGUCUGACCCAACAGACAUAUUUCAGUUUCUUGCUGCCAUUAUCCAAUUUUUAUCUUUUAUUUUUAAAUUCUUGUGAGUAUGCCGCUGGGGGAUGUGUAUGAAUGUAAAAUAAAAAAAUAAAAAAAAUUGUUAAAAAUAUACAGCACAAUAGCCAACAUUCCACUGCAGCCAAGUUCCAGUAUGGCGAGCCACAAGGUGUGAAGAUAUCUAACUUUCUCCAAACAAAUUUAAAAAGUCUGGCAUAAUGUAAUUCUUUAUGCUAGCUAAUUAACUGUAAGGACCUUUUACUUUUUUUUAACUAUGACAUGACAUGCCUUUUAUGUGUUUAAUUAAAUAAUAAUUAAAAAAUAAUGGACCUUGAAUUUAUGUAAAAAAAAAAAAGUAUUAAAUACGAUUGAUACACAUGAACAGAAAAGGGUGUUCGUGUUGAUUAUGGCUUGGGAACGUCUGCAGUUUUUUCACUGCAAGUAAAUGUGUUUAUGUGUCCUUUCUCCAAAUAUAUAUUGUUUCGAUAAAAAAAAAUAUUUUUGGCUUAAAUUAAAAAAUACAAUUAGCAAUCUUGUAGAUAUAAUAGUUGUCUUUCUCAUAAGAACAUGAAAAAUUCUAAGCAAAAUAGAGUAAUAUCCUAAAAUAAAAUGGCGUUGUUUUCAUAUAUUUAAAAAAAAAAUGUAUUUUUCUGUAAAUCACAAUUUUUGGAGUUAUAAAGCAAAUUAAUAUAUAGUAAUGCAUUAAAAAUUCUUAAGCUUUGCUGAAUUAAGCUUGUUGCAAAAGACUUGAGAGAGUAACAUAUCACUCAAGAGGAAAUGCAAAGAGAAUAUAUUAACCUAAAAGUUGGUACUUCAAGAGAACUCAGUCUUUUCACUUGAAGGUCUCCUGAGAAGAGUGUGAAUGUUCACACAUUAUAGACGGGAAGAGUUUAAAAUUAAUUUCAACAGAAGGGGGUAACAAAGCAAAAGAGCGUGUUUUAUUUACCAGGUAACUUUGAAAAAAAUCCUUAAAAUAUUAGACAUGUUCUCUCAAGCUCACGGAAAAGUUGAUAAAAAUAUUAAUAGGGCUUCCAAAUACCAUUAGUCCUGAUUUUUGCAAGGGUGUUUUGAUCACCCCCCAAAGCCAGUAGCUUGUAGAAGAACAGGGGGCAUCAAAUAACUUUUCCUGCUACAAAUCUCCAUCUGGACACUAGAGAAAGUCAACUGUACUCAGGGAUACAAAGUUAUUUAAUGCUGUAUUGCACAAAAACGUGUGAAAGGUCCAGUCAUGAUUAUAGUUCUCUAAAAAAAAAAACAACAAUUGUGGUCCAAACAAGACUUGCCAAAUUGAGAAGUUGAACAUGCUAUGAUAGAAAAGUACUACAAGUCUUUUAUAAAGUAUUUUAUUUUAUGUAAUCAAAAUGUCAAAUGUCAAUUGUUUCUUUGUAUACAUCUAUUUUGCCAACACUUUUUAUCUUUGAUAAUCAUUGAUACCAUAAUUACGAGCUACUAUUUCAGUUAUAUAAUUAUGUUACUGAUAUUUUUGCAUUUAUUUGUAGUACCGGUACCAUUGCUUCAAAUUUGUUUUAGAUUUUCAGUCAAACUAUGUAUGCAAUUUUGCUAUAGCAUUUCAACGUCAUCAUUGUUAAUCCUUUCAUAGAAUGAGGAUUCACUUGACGCAUUUCGAUGCGUUGUGUUCCAGUUCCCUUUCAUUGAAAGGGUAGGUACAUUUUAUAUUCUGCAACAGGGUUUUUCUUUUCUUUAUUUUUUUUUCUUUUUUUCUUUUUUCCCUGUAUAUUUGCUGUACUUAGUCUGGAUGAGGUGGCUUAUUUCCAAUUCUGUAAUGUGUUGCCUUUACAACAAAAUCAAAAAAAGUGUGAGAUGAUUCAUCCCCAAAAAAUCAAAACCAAGAGGCCCACAGCCAGUUUAUUGUGUUUGUGUGAUAGAUAUUGAAAAUGAAAUUUAUUUUGUUGCAAGGCCAAUUUAUCCAUUACUGGAAAUGCUAAGCAAGUGGAAUUUAUUGUUUUGUUAAUAAAAUGUUUCUUAAUA